GACAGCUGACGCCCCGCUCUGGGCGAACACACCAGCAGCAGCAGCAGCGCCAGCAGCAGCCUCUGGCACCUGGGGACAGGAUGGACAACUCGAGCGAAGCGUGGGGGAUGGCGAAGGAGAUCAAUGUGACGGCGGGAAGGGUCUCGCUGGAGAAGAUGCCGCAGAACUCUCUGGAAGUGCAGGUCAUCACCAUUCUUCUGGCCCUGGUCAUCUGCGGGGUGGGCAUUGCCGGGAACAUCAUGGUGGUGCUGGUGGUGCUGCGCACCAAGCACAUGAUGACUCCCACCAACUGUUACCUGGUGAGCCUCGCCAUCGCCGACCUCAUCGUGCUUCUGGCCGCGGGGCUGCCCAACAUCUCCGAGGUGGUGUCCUCCUGGGUGUACGGCUACGCCGGGUGCCUCUGCAUCACCUACCUACAGUACCUGGGCAUCAACGUGUCCUCGUGCUCCAUCACGGCGUUCACCGUGGAGCGCUACAUCGCCAUCUGCCACUCGAUCAAGGCGCACUUCAUCUGCACGGUGUCGCGCGCCAAGCGGAUCAUCGCGUGCGUGUGGCUCUUCACGUGCGCCUACUGCGUCAUGUGGUUCUUCCUCGUGGACACGAACGAGACCGUGUACGCGGACGGCGUGGUGGUGCGCUGCGGGUACCGCGUGUCCAGGAACCUCUACAUGCCCAUAUACUUCCUGGACUUCACGCUCUUCUACGUGGUCCCGCUGGCCGUGGCCACCGUGCUGUACGCGCUCAUCGCGCGCAUCCUGUUCGCGAGCGCGCUGCCCGCGGAGCCGAGCGAGAGGGCGGCGGGGGACCGGCGCGCGCGCCAGGCACGCUGCCACGCGCUCAGGGUGUCCUGCAAGUCCACCAAGGGCGCGGUGACCUCGAGGAAACAGGUCACCAAAAUGCUGGCAGUGGUGGUGGUCCUGUUUGCUCUGCUUUGGAUGCCCUACCGGACACUAGUGGUUGUUAAUUCCCUGAUGGACCCCCCUUACCUGAACAAUUGGUUCCUGCUGUUUUGCCGCAUGAGCAUCUACCUGAACAGCGCUAUCAACCCUGUCAUCUAUAACCUCAUGUCGCAGAAGUUCCGUGCUGCUUUUCGAAGGCUCUGCAAGUGCAAGCCUCAGCGGGCAGAGAACGUGGCUAAGUACAACGUGCCUGUCUACUACAGCGUCAUGAAGGACUCGUCGCACGAUAGCCCAGAGCACGACAUCACAGAGCAGGAGGACGUGGGCACCUGCCGCGGUGGCAGUCGUAAGGUCAACUUUACAAACAAGUGUGAAGACACCAACGCAAUGUACAGCAUUGCCUAA